AUGGCCGAAGUCGUAGAUGACAUAAUUAAAACCUUAAACGGAACAAAUGGUGCUGACACGGAGUCUGUAAUAAAAAUAAUACCGGCCACCACCGAAGGUAUGCUGAUUGCAAACAUCAGUUUAGCGGUCAUGUGCUUAGUGCCCAUAUUCUUUGCCUCGUUCCGAUCAGUAGAACUACACAUUAAAAAUAAAAUGAAAAAAGGAAUACCAGAGUCCACGGCAGAGUCCAUGACAGAAAAAGAUGCUAUGAUGUUUCCAGUGAUUUCUAGUGGAAAUAUCAUUAUGCUCUACAUCAUUAUUAGUGCAUUUUCUAAGGAACACAUAAAUCUAUUUGUGACUGUCAAUUUUUAUGUACUUGGAGUGGCAGCUAUAAGUGAUAUUUUAGGUACUAAAUUCUACGCCAUGUUACCAAAAAGUAUACCUAAAACGAAAUACCAACUGCGGAUUACGGAAGGCACUGGUGAAAAAAAACAUGAUUGGAUAAAUGUAAAAUUUACACUACAUGAUGUGUUAUUUUUUGUAUCGUGUGCAACAUUAGGAACGUUUUAUAUAAUAAGCAAGCAUUGGAUUGUAAACAAUAUAUUUGGAUUGGCAUUUGCAUAA